AUGAAAGAAGCUAAAUUAAAGAUAAAUGUAGAAGGAAUAGUGAAAGCGUGCCUAUCUAUCAAUGCUGAGAAAAUUAUAGAUGUAUCGGCUAAAUCAAGUGAUAAGCUAACUCAUUUGGUAAUACUGGACCAUAUUCUUAGCGAUAAUCUAGAAAUAGAAAGUAGACAGCACAGUAAGAAAGAAAAGAAGAACAUUUUAGAUGUGCUCAAGAACAACAUGUACCAGUGCCUCAUAGACAAUGAAAAUGAAGCAUCUACGAUGAUCAGUUUGCACGAUGCACUAAGAGAUGGAAAAGAGGAAAUGAUUAAAUUUUGGUCUCUCAGUUUAGCCAAUAUGCUCAUAAAUCCAAAUCCAUUCAUAUACAAUCCAAACCAUGGAAUUAGCAGAAAAAAUGAAGCAGUAGAACACAUAGUAUUGUUUACCCCAAGUUCUGAUCUGAGUCCCAGAGAGUGCACAUUGGAGCUUAGAGACAUAAACUGUUUCAAUCUGGAGAGCGCACUUCAGCUUACCUCGGAGAGUCUUGAUAAAGAAAUUCUCUGCCAUGUCUCUAACUCAAUAUCUUCAAUAGAUAUGGAUAUUUUUAAAAAACACGUACUCUUAGGAAAAGACUACAGUCUGAGCGAGUUAUACUCUUUGAAAAAAGAAAAAAUGCUAUUGGUAGACUACGGGCUGAAUCUUAUUCGCAGAAAAUAUCCCGAGAUUAGAAGGCUAAUUAAAACAGUUAAAGCACUAGAAGAGGGUCCUAAUGAGCAGAAGCAUCAAAUUGGAGAGGAAAUUCUCAAAGUGCUUACUUUUGAAGACAUGAGAAUACUCUUUUCAAUUAUGGACAACAUAGAAGAAGUUAAAAAAGAGAAAGCAAUACAUAAUCAAAUGUUUAAGACAUUUGAAUACAUGGCAAAUGAGACUUCCCUCUUGGAAGAAAGCCACAUAUCAAGUCCAUCUUGGGUAAGGGAUGGCAUAAGUGAGUUUUAUUACAAGUAUAUAUCCACUGAUAAUGGUCUUGAAAAAGCAUCAAAUAAAAAAAAGGAUGAACUAGCUGAAGAAAUAAGAGUAAAAAACCUAGAACUAGAAGGAAAAGAGGCAGAAUAUAGUCAAAAAGCAGCUGAGCUCAAAGACUAUGCGGAUGCAAAUAGAGCUGAUUGUGAUCCGCAUGAGUACGAAGUAAAAGAAAAAGAGAUGAAAGAAAGCCUGCAAAACCUACACCUUUCUAUUGAGAAGAUAAAACAUAGUCUGUAUGCAUUAAAAUUUGCUGAGAAAAAAGAAAAGGUGCAGCUUGAUAGAAAUUUCGAGUUGUUGAAAUCUGUCAGCUUCUUCUCUUCCCAAAUAGUCCCGAACCAAAAAGCAUACAUCUACGAAAAGAUGAAUGACUUUGAAAAUAUGCACGCUCUGAAAUCAGUAGAACCAGGCAGAUUUUUCUCAACAAAGCGCACAGAAAGAGAAGUAAUUCAAAUACUCGUUUUAAUCAUCUCCCUUACAGCAGUAACAGCAAUGCUAUUAUUUAUAUUCAAUCAUUAUCCAGAGAACAAGAUAAUUGCUAACAACUGA